AAAUACUUGUAUUAAUUAAUUUAUAUUGUAUUUAUUUCAGUCAGCUGCACGGUGAAAGAAGUGGAAACUUGUGAAGGAGAAGCGGUUGUCAAUAAUCGCAAAGGCAAGCUCAUAUUUUUCUACGAAUGGAACAUUGCGUUGAAGUGGGACUCCAAUGACGAUUCGGAUAUCAGUGGGAAAAUAAAUAUUCCAAACUUGUCAGAAGAAAACGAUAUCACGGAAGUUGAUAUUGAAAUUACAUUGAAGAGUAGUACAAACGAGGGGGAAAAAGUUAAACACUUCUUACACACUAAAGGCAAAGAGAAACUCAGAGACCAGCUGGCUCUUUAUAUAUCUGCUUUGAGAGAAGAAUUUUCCCGAGGGAUGAUACUGCCACAAAAAAAUAACGUCAAUAAAAAUGUUAUAAAUUCAGCGCCAGCUUCUAACAUCAAAGCGAAAAUGAACGAAGCUGUUGUUUCGUCAAAUAAAUCAUUAGGCUACAAGAUAGCGACAACGACAAUUAAGCAGCAGCAAAAAUUCCAGUGUAGAGGCCAGGAGUUCUUUAAUGUAUUUACCACAACUGAGAUGGUACAAGCGUUCACGAAGGGACCCGUUAAAGUAGAUCCGAAAAAGUCUGGAAAAUUCGAGCUUUUUGGCGGAAACAUAUACGGCGAAUUUGUAGAAGUAUCUCCAACGAAAAUAGUCCAAAAAUGGCGCACCAAACAGUGGCCUGACGGGCAUUUUAGCCAAGUAACUAUUGACAUUAACGAGAGAGGCGACCACACGGAAGUUAAUCUCACACAAACCGGAGUACCAUCAGCCGAGGAGGAGUCAACAAAAGAGAACUGGGACCGGUACUACUGGGACGCUAUAAAACGUACAUUUGGCUUUGGUUAUUUUAUGUGA